GUGGGGGUCCCGGCGGCUGGAUGGGCAGCGGCGGCGCGGGCCGCGGGCGGCGAUGGGUGAGGAGCAGAGCACGGUGAGCGGCGGCGGGCCCCAAGAGGCGCGGGCCCCCGCUGGCGGCACCACGGGCCACCCCGAGCCCCCGAGGCCGCGGGGGGACAGCGCCGGGGAGUCCGGGCCGCACGCCGCCUCGGCGGAGCCGAGCGGCGGUGGCUGCGGAAGCGACUCGGGCUGCGCGGACACGAGCGCCCCGGAGCCCGAGAGGAGCCGGUGGGGCCCGGACGGGAGGAGGAGCCGAGCGCCCGGGCAGCCCGCGGGACUGACACUUACCGGGCCCCUCAACGCCCAGACUUUGCAACAGCGGCUGGAAGAGGAGGAAGCUGGGGACCGAAACGAGGGAGGGGAUGAACUGCGGGACGCGCCCCCAGGCGAGGAGCGGGAGCCCAGGACCCGCGUCGGGGCCGCGGACGGACUGGUCCUGGACGUGCUGGGUCAGCGGCGCCCAGUCAACGGCAAGAGACAAGUUUUUUGCUCGGUGUUCUGCGUGGAGAAUGACCUGCCCGAGGCCCCCACCGCGGAGCAGCUCUCGCCGCCCGCGUCUUCACCUCGGGCUCCGCCGGUGACGAACGCUCCCAGCACCCCCUCCUCUUUCCCCAGCCCCCGGCUGUCCCUCCCCACAGACCCUCUGACCCCCGACGGCGGCAGCAUCGAGCUGGAGUUCUACCUGGCGCCCGAGCCGUUCUCCGUGCCCAGCCUGUUGGGAGCUCCACCCUACUCUGACCUGGGUGGGGUAGGGGAUCCCUACGUGCCCCUCAUGGUGCUGAUGUGCCGGGUGUGCCUGGAAGACAAACCCAUCAAGCCCUUGCCCUGCUGCAAGAAAGCUGUGUGUGAGGAGUGCCUCAAAGUCUACCUGAGCUCCCAGGUACAACUUGGCCAAGUAGAAAUCAAAUGCCCUAUCACAGAAUGUUUUGAAUUCCUGGAAGAAAGAACGAUUGUCUUUAACUUAACACAUGAAGAUUCCAUCAAAUAUAAGUAUUUCCUGGAACUUGGCCGUAUUGAUUCCAGCACCAAGCCAUGUCCUCAGUGCAAGCACUUUACAACCUUCAAGAAAAAAGGACAUAUCCCUACCCCUUCCAGAUCAGAAAGCAAAUACAAAAUCCAGUGCCCCACUUGCCAAUUCAUCUGGUGUUUUAAGUGCCAUUCUCCUUGGCAUGAAGGUGUUAACUGCAAGGAGUACAAAAAAGGGGACAAACUGUUGCGUCACUGGGCCAGCGAAAUUGAACAUGGACAGAGAAAUGCCCAGAAGUGUCCAAAGUGCAAGAUCCACAUCCAGAGAACUGAAGGAUGUGACCAUAUGACCUGCUCACAAUGUAACACUAAUUUUUGUUAUCGAUGUGGGGAAAGAUACCGCCAACUCCGUUUCUUUGGAGACCACACAUCAAACCUCAGUAUAUUUGGCUGCAAAUAUCGCUACCUCCCAGAGAGACCUCAUCUAAGGAGAUUAGUGCGAGGGUCAGUCUGUGCUGGAAAAUUAUUCGUUGCACCUCUAAUCCUGGUCUUGGGAUUAGCACUAGGGGCCAUAGCAGUUGUAAUCGGUUUAUUUGUAUUUCCUAUCUAUUGCCUUUGUAAAAAACAGAGAAAGCGAUCACGGACAGGAAUGCACUGGUAGAAUGCGGAUGAUUUCGUGGAACGAAGCCCGUCCGGGUAGGAGCCACACAGAAUGGCACACUCAUCUGAGACUCCUGUCUUGAAAAACACUGAGUCCCGUCCCGCCCCCUUCCCCGCCCCCUGCCCCGCCCCGCGCCGCCCCGCCCCGUGGUUGUCCGCCGGCCACCGUGCCUCUCGCGCCAGCGCACUCCCUCCGUGGUAUCCUGACUCCUUUCCUUAUACAGUUUGCUGCUUUUCAAAAAUGGUCACUUUCAUAGACUAUAAAUAUCUGUAUCAUAACUCUGACCUUCUUACUGGUUCUUGGGAGAAAAUAUUUUCAUUAAGAACCACGGAUCCUCAGAAUUGUCUGAGCAUGCCUCUCCUAAGCGUUGUUUGAACGGUCUUUGCACCUAAACGUCCUUCCAGGCCCUCUUCUGAGACUUGGUGUGAAUAGCGGAAAUCAUCCCACCUGUGCAAACAAGAAAGGCCACUUUUCAGAAGACAGAGGCUCACCAUACGCACCUGUUUUUAUCUGUGGCCCGAGCAGUAGAAUUCCUUCAUCCUUCAGAUGCUAUAAUUGUUAAAAAUCUCGCUGCUCAAAAAGGAACUAGUGAAACAAAAUUAAUGAGAAGAAUCAUGAGUUACUGACGUGUAUCUGUGCAGGGGUGUGAGUGUGUGUGUAUAAGUAUCUGUAUUAAAACUAGGUCCAAUAAUCUUGUACUUGUCGAGUUCUAUGCCUCUACGCUAUUUUUCCACAUUUUCAUAGACAUAUUUAAAGAUGAUCGUUCCUUUCUGGGCGUAUUUUGGUAAUGUACUGAAUUAAAGCCAAUGUAGACAACAGGCUAUUUUGAUGUUGGCCCUUUCGAUUCCUUGCUGUCUCUCUGUCUCACACACAGGCACACACACCAGAAAUUUGUGCAAGGUCACCUCGAGGAUCAUCAAACUUUAUUAACUGACAAACCUGGUAGGCUGCUCAAGACCAGAUGUUUAGUCUUUUCAGAUUUUUUAAGUUUUGGCAUCCAUUUUUUACUAAAUGAACAAAUCCUUCAGACGGGAUUAGUUAAUUUAAAAAACAUUUGCUGUAGCAAGAACUGCUUAAGCCUUUAAACAAUCACUGUUCUGCUAAUUUUUUAAUCAACUUGUAAUUACCAAUAAUUCUGCUUUAGGUCAAUUUGCGAUAGUUUUGGAAACCCUACCCUCUUACCUCUUCUCUCUUUCUCUCUCUCUUCUUUCUUUUUAUCUGUCCCCAAGAUUUUCAUUAAAAAAAAAAAAUACAGUUUUGAAGGUUUUUUUUUAUGUUUACUGCUCAAAGAAUAUCAAAUAUGCUGAUAUCGUCUUAUGGAUGGGAAAAUUUAAAAAUACAGCUUUUUGUGUUUAUGGGUUUAUCUAAAAUAGAAACAACUUUUGGAAAAAUGAAGGAAAUAUCUUCAGGAAGUUUUACCAAACUGAGACAUCUUUAAAAAUAAGGGGAAAAAAGCAACUAAACUAAGCAAACUAUUCCUUUGUUUUCAUCAUGGAAGUUCAUCAGCAGAAUGGACGUAAAGAGCACUAAGAAGCCUGAAGUUUCCACUUGUCUCUAAAUCCUUAAGAUGAGCUGUCUGCAUAGAUGUAGCAUUUAUUUUUCAGCAGCCUUAUCUGAAUGGUAAUAAAUUCUGUGAUAAAACAUGCAUUAACAUGGAUAGUUUGUCUUGUUGGGCUCCGAAGAAAAACAUUUAUCAUCUUUAUCAGACCACAAAAGUCCGCGCUAGUGAAGGUUACUUGCAAGGACAGUGAGCGUCUGUUCUUUCUGGAUCACACUCAGAAUGGCUGUACUGCAGUUUCUGGACUCGUCUACAUUCAGUUAGAGGAGGGCGUGCCACUUAUGGUUCUCUGAUGGCAUGUUUCUAAACAUAACACAAUGCAAGGAGAAGAGAUGCUCUAAUUUCACAGAUUCAUCUUACCACUCAUCCGUCCAUCCAACAAACAUUUUUCAGUGCCUGUUCUUUGUGCUCUAGUAUUAAAACAAGAAAAUGAAAAUUUCUAUCCUAAAUCCAUGUAAGUCUGCCGUGAGAGUGCUUAAUUUUCAUAAAUUCAUGUUUUUCGGGACUUAGGUGUUAGUUCAACAAUAUGUGAGUGCGAUGAACUCUAAAUCUAGUGGAUAUGUUUAUGUAUGAUAUGUGUAUAGAUAUGUAUUUGUCAAUCUACAUACACAUGUAUCUGCUAUUUCCAUAGCUGCAUAUAAACACGAACUCCACAUACAUAUAAACCAAGUAAAUAAAUAAUAUACUCUCUGGUCUUAGAUAAUCUAUUUUCUUAGGUUAUUGUGUAUCUUGUCUUUGACUUACUCAGGGAUUUUUAUUCCUUCCUUUGAAUAACUUAUCUUUUGGAGAUACCUUCAUAUUAUUUGGAAACGUUCCAAUUUUCCAAUUACAAAAUGGCGUCUGUCAUCGUCGAAGGUUCUCUCAUCAAUGCUUGAGAUACUAUCACAGUGUUGCACAGGAUUUUCAUUUUUCUAUUGCAUAGGUUUUUUAAAUUAAUGUAUACAUUUUUAUCUUUAAAAGUUGGUAUAUAUUUGGCCUUUCCCUGAUAGUGACUUAAAGUAAUAAUUUGUGAAUGUUUUUACUAAGUGUCAUCAAGAUCUUAAAAAGAAAGAAGAAAAGAGGAAGGAUUAUUUAUAUGUUAGUGCCAACAUGGAAAGUAAAACACUAGUAACUUUUGGGAUAAAUUCUAAAAGCUACUUUAUAAAAAGAAAUGCACACAUAAAAUAAAUAUUGUUCUAUCCAAAGCUUGUCAUUUUUAUUGUAAAUGUAAUAUAUACUCCUUUUAAAAAAUCAAACCAUAUAGAAUUAUAAAAUGCAAAUUCAACUGGUCUAGCCCACCCCUUAUUUUCUAGGGGUAACCACUGUUAAUGUUUUGAUAAAUGUCCUUCUAGAAACUUUGUGUAUAUAUACAAGUGUGUUUGUAUAUGUCCAUGUGUAUUAGUUUUAUACAAAUAGGACAGUAGUCUUAAUGUCCUGUGACUAUUUUUUCAUUUUAUUAUACAUUAGUAGACACCUUCCCAUAAGUGUUUAAAUAGAUUUACCUCAUUCUUUUGUAAAUUACUACAUAUUCCAUUGUGGGACUAUACUUUACUUCAUUAGUCCCUAUUGAAUGGGCAUCGAGAUUGUUUUUACUUCUCUAUUUCAAUGCAUCAGUGAAGAUCUUUUACAUAUAUUUUUAUCACUUUAUGUACACAUUUCCAUAACUUUUAAAAUUUGUUUUUAUAAGAUAUUUGUAAUAAAAUUUUAACGUAUUUUCAGUGAAUGAGAUCAUAGAGAUACUAUAUUUCAGACCCUUUUCUUGGGAAAAGGAAAGAUUAUGUAGGAGUUUUAUGUAGGAGUUUUUAAAAGAAAAGCAUCUUUUGCAGGAUAAUACCCCCCUGCUUGGUUAGCCAAAUAAAUAUGUGACCAAAACAUAUAAAGGAAAGUCCAUCUUAUUCCAAUAAAAAUAAAAAGCAACGAGAUAUUUCUAAGAUAAUGUGAGAUGUCUACAAGAUGUCUGUGAGAUACACUGAUAUUUGGGUUGCCUUGUUUUUAAACUUGAGGAAUUUAAAGCAAAUAGCUAAACUGGUAAUGUUUGUCACUUUUUUUCAACACUAUCCAUGUUCAUGCAUGUUGCACCACAAAGGAACUUAAUUAUGCCAUUGUGAAAAAUAGGAAACAAUUAUGUUGGAAAUUAAGAAUGACCACAAUUAUCUGCAAAAAAUAAAUUUUACUAUUUGUAAGGUUUGGUAGUUUGUUGGAAUACUUAGAAAUUUGGAAUCACGUGAAACAUUCAUUUUACGAGUCUCAGAAGUUCCCUAAGACCUUCUGCAUGUGGCACUAAGAGGAGAGGGGUCCAACCUUUUGGUACAAGCAACAACCUGUUGCCACCACCUUGAGUUUCUGCUAGGUGCUAUUUAUCCUACAGGCAGAACAAACAGGAAAACCAUCAAAGAUUACCAAACACAAUCCGAUCACAACCUGUUCUCUUUCGUUGUGCUUGCUUGGCUGUGCUUGUCUGGAAAUUCCCUGUCUUCUGCCACCCAAGCCCUCAGCUCUUGAGGCCCAAUCUCCCAGCUGAGCCUUUAUUAUUCAACCCUACCAUCCAUAUGACCCCUGGCUCCCCUAAAAUACCAUCCAACCCCUGUCACCUCCCCAGUCCUUGGUGACUCUCCCCAGUGUGUUUUUUCUCCACUCCCCUGAUAACUCUAAUUAGCUCCUCUUCACUGCAAAAAAGGAGGAGGAACCGGACAGGUGAAAAGCUCGCUCUUGCAGGUGCAAAACAUCGGUGUUCCUUCCUGAGCUUCUGUCAAAUUGAAGUACGUCUGCCAAGACAUCAAUCCAGUUCCUCCCUUGUUAUACUUUUCAGUUAUUUGUAACAUUAGACCUCAGGCUGCCUGAUAAACUUAUAAUUAUAGAAAGUUAGUGGCCUAAAGGAGAUUGAUUGGUAGGCUUCCUUAAGUGCAAUUUUUUUUUUAAAUCAUGCCAAAAACCAUUUUAUUUUUUAAUUUCAGGAGAAAACUGCACAUAUGCCUUAAUGUGAGUCAUCACAUUGGAUUACGUGCUUAUCUUUUCAUAUCUGUAGCUGAAAUCUAUCCCAGUCACUGAAAGUAAUUUUUCUUGCGGUUGGCUUUAUUGUUUGGUGUUAGUGUCUAUUAUAAAAAGAGCCUUAAAAUUCAAUAAUGCACUUUAAAAUACUUGUGCCAUUUAAGUAAUCAACAGAAUUAAAGAAGGUUUUACAUAUAUUAUGAUGGAGACAGUAGAAAGCAGUAUUAAUAAAUAUAUGUCACCUCUAAAUUUGGGAUGGGGGUAUGUGGAAAUCAGAGCCUAAAAUUUAGAACAAGUAAAACAUACCCCCCAAAAAUGUAGCUGAGUUUCUGAAAUUAUAGUAAUUCUAAAAACUGAAAUCAGGAGCUUAAACAUAACAAGUAAUUAGUAAAUGUUACCAAAUAACCUAACUAGAAUGUUUAAAAUAUUAACUUCUUCAUUUUAUUCUUCAUUUUAACUGCAUUUUCAUUUUUCAUGAUAUCUAUAAAAGGAAUGCCACUGGCCAGAAACAUAGUAAAUCAAAACUAUCACCAACAGCCAGUCUGAACAGUAUUUUUAAAAAAUUCUUAUUGUUUAAAUAUGAUCUCUUCUUCUUCCUCUGGAAAAUAAGUUGCAAAAUCCCAUUUUAAAAUUACACAUCUACAAUUAUGUAAUGAAACUGAAAUAACUUUAGAGAAGCAUUAAUACAUGGUCUGAACAAAAUCAGAGUUCCAAAAACUGGGGAGUCUUCAGGAUUGUGAAAUGUUACCUUUUCGGUGCUAACGAAUGAUGCAAACCUUUAAAAGAGAAAUGCGAUAGAACUCCUUUAUAACUCUGGUUUUGAGGAUAGGGCUAAUAUUCAUUUGAUAGGCAACUGUUAUGUGGGACUACAGUACUGCACAUCCCUGUUCCGAGAGUCCUAUUUUAGCUGACUCUAUCCAAAUCCAAGAAGCAGAGAGUCAUGUAAUGUGAGACUUAUAAUUAAUUGUCUGUUUGGAGCCUUACCUGAAGCCAUCAUAUAGCACAUUCUUUAGAUCCCUGUAUAUAAGUGCCAGUUGUAGAAGCAUGUAAUUAUGUGUAUCAUCAACUAUAUUCUUUUUUUUUUAGCUAAAAAAGUGACUGUUUUGAGAGUAACUGUAUGACCUGCAAGGCAAAAAUUAUUUUUUUAAAUACAUGAAAUAUUGCCACUGCCUUUUUUUUUUGCCAUCUUCUUUUAGCUUAUAAAAGAAAUGUAAUUAGGUAUGUUUAACUCCAUAUCACUUAGAUUAUACAGAUUUAUUGGCAAAGAAAACAUUGUAUUUUUCAAGUUUAUCCCGUAUUUUUGUCACUCUGUUUUAUCAUUAAUAUUAAAUGACUUUCUUCCCUGUUUUUGAAGUAAUGCCCAUGUAUUUCAACACCCAGUUCUUGCUUUCUUGAGAUUUCCUAGUUAUCUUGCCUUUUCCCUCUUCUGUCCUCAUUCCUGUCUUGGCCAACUGUGGAUUAAAUUCUGUUUCGCCCUUAACUUGUUGACUAACUAGGUGAAAUUCAAAUACGGAAAGGACUCCAUAAUUUGGCUCUGGUAGUGAACAUAAUUUACCUUGGAUUACUUUGUAAAAUGAAUUGUGUGAGGAGUACCUGGAAUGCUACCCCUUUUCUUGAUAGGUGUUGGAGAACCCUUGCCCUCUGACAAGAAAUAAAAUGAACAAGAAGAUGUCAGUUGGAUCAGAGAAUCUAAUAGUAAUCUAAGACCAAGCUUCAGAAAUGGCUUCAUGAGUAUUGUAAAGUCAGUGUUGUGUUUGCAUUUUAGUUGGACAGAAAGCACAUGUGGAUAUUCUCCAGUCUGAUCCCAAGUCAUUCUUGAUUCAUCCAAAAUGGCCACAUGUCUGGUUUUGGGUCUUUGUGUCACCAAAAAGUCCUACAGCUUGGACUUGGGGUGGAUUUAUGUCGUGUAGCAUCUGUAUAUAAGAUUUGACUAUGGAUUCAUACUCUGUGAACAUUAUUAGACAGUUUGAUAAUAUAAAGUAGUAACAUUGAAUGUAGCUGACAUUAGCCUUAUUCUAGAGAAACCAUCUGUCAUCAGCAAAUGUUCAACAUGUUCAGAUAUGAUUAGGUAUAAGUAACACUCAAGAUAUAUUUAGCAUAAGUUUGGUAUAUGUUAUGGAAAAAUCCAAGGGAAAGUCCAACUUGGGUGUUAAAGGACUCCAGAAUUUGCUGAAAUCAUGUCAUUUCAGAUUUAUUCUUAUAACUGACUAACUGCUGUUGGUCAUCAGUUUCCUGGAAAGCUGUUAGGUGUUCACUUUAUGCCCCAGGUAGGGAAAUAGUCUCAAUAAUCCAGUCAAAUUUUUGAAAAUAAUAUUUCUUCAACAUAUUACUUCCUCUAUGCCCAAAUAUAAUUUUACUGGUUCUUUCAAGUAAACACUAUCUAAAUAUUUUAUAUAAUAUAUUUGAACAUUUUUAGUUUGUAGAAAAUUAGCAUGCUUUAUUAAGAAAAUUUUAGAUAAAUUGUCAUGAGUUUUUAUCAGCUGACUACAAGCCUUUCCCUAAGGCCUUUUUUUUUUAAGUUCCAUAUGGCAAUACCUUAAAUUUGUUAUUUGAGCAUUUUCACCAUAAUUAAAAUUCUGUAUAUGGCAUUGAAAAGAGUAAACCAACAUUGUAUUUCUUACAACAUCUAGAACAGUAAUUGGUAUAUAUAUAUACACAUUACCAUUUACCUUAACAAGAACUACUUACAGAUUUUUAAUGUAAAAAUUGACAAUCUCGUUGCAUAUUUAAAAUCAAUUAUUAAUAAGUAGUAAGUUCUGAGAGAUCACAAAAUUAAUUUUGUGUAGAAGGAACACAAAAAUAGUGUGAUUAAAGUAUUGUUAACACAUCAUAAAGAAACCACAAUGGUUAGCUGUUUCAUUUUUAGUUUAAACAAAAUUGGGCAUAAAAUAUAUUCAUGAAACAAAUAUGUUUAUAUACAUGUAUACAUAUUGCAAAACUAUGGGACAAUUAAAUGAUUCACAUUCUUUUUUUCAAAGUGUAAAAUGCUAAAAAUAAAUACAUUUGAGUCUUUAAUCUGUUUUCAGAUCAGAAUCUGUUAUCAGAUUCAGAAAUUACAAUUCUAAAGUAAAAUUGUUUCCUAUAUGAAUUAUCAGAAUAUGUCCCAUUUUAAUUAUAUUCUCAUGAGCAAUAGCAAAAGAGAAGAAAUUUCUUAAUUUUAAAAUGAAUGCCUCUCCCUAGUGGUUCGUACCCGAUCUUGUCCAUCAUUUCAUUAUAUUAUAUAUUUUUUGUUUUCUGUAAAAUUUGUAACCAAUUUUCAGAUAAUAUAAAUUACAAUAUUUCUCAUGUUUAAAAUGAGCCUGGCUGAAAAGAGAUUUUCUUUUUUAAUGAUAUCGGAAAAUAUGUAUGUGAUUUUAUUUUUUAACUUUUUCUACAUUUCAUUGGUCAUACUAUUAACUUUAGUAUUUAUAAAACUGGAGAAAACUAUUUUCAAUAUAUUUUUUUAAAAGAGGCAGUAGAAAUAAAUUGAGAAAAUAGAUGAUAAUAUUAUGCAGAAAUCCCUGAAAGAAAAUUUGGAAAGAAACAAAUUUCACUAAGGUGAAAAUGUUGGAAAAUAGGGAGUAUUUGAAGACUGUAAUUUCUUACAUUAGAGUAAUCAACUUAUUUCCAAAUGAUUGUUUUAUGCUGUUGGUUCCACAAAUUGUGAUUUUUAGUAUACUAUAUAAUUUCUCCUACCAUUUUAGUGCUUAUACAUUAAUUACUGAAAAGAAAGGAAAGAAUUGGGGAAUAAAAGGGAAACUGGGUUUAUUCCCAUUUUCCAAUAGCAUUAAUGUAUACUUCUUUAACCUUCUAUAUGGUGCUUUGUGUGAUGAGAGUAUGUAACACUUAAAUAUGUUAUUAGUGCCUUAUUUUUUUUUCACUUGACUUUAAUUCUUACCUAAAGAGCCAUAUAUUUUUUCUGAGUGCUCCUUGGCCCUUAUAUUUAAAGUGCUGAUGAGACAGUACAACUUUAGAGGUACAUAUAGGCUGCCUUUGUUACCUUAACCCGCUGUAUUAUCUCUGGAAUAGCAGGUUAGCCAAUAUUUUUUUCUGAAGUUCAGUGUUUAUUUUUAAGCUAAAGAAUUUUUUUAAAAGGAUAUUAAACACCAUAAUUUGAAACCACUAUCAUUGAAAUGUACUUUUAAACUGCAAAAAAAGAAUGCUGAUUAUUAAAAUUUAAAACGGAAGUUGGAAUGGUUGUCAGUCUUCAUGGCUUCAAUGAGGACAAAAUUACUUUACAAAAGGCAUUAAAAAUGAAAGUAAAUAUAUGGAACUACAGGAAUUAGAUCUGUUUCCUACAAUUUGUCUUUGGCAAUGUGUUAUUUGUAAUCCACUUCCAUACAGAUGCUGAAGAAUCAUGGUGUUUGCUAUUUACAUGUAAUUAUGCAUUCACAGUGGGCUUUAUCAAUACCAAGAUACUUUGUAUAAUGUUAUUGUACUCUUCUUGGUCUUUGCCUUUUGUGUUAGCUUUAUAUAAAAAGCUGGGUCUAUUGUAUUCUAUAUGUGCUAUAGUAUAUCACUCAACUUUUCCUGAUGAAUGUAUGAUGAAAAUUAAAAUAAAUUGUGUGCUUAGAAAAGACAAA